AAUGACAUUCAACACACAAGUUAAACCCAGAUCUUAUUUUUGUGUAAAAUUAUGUUUAAACUAGAUUUUAUCAUAAAUAUACGCGGUAAAUGCGCAAAGGGAUACCGGUUAUAUUUCGGAACACUGUGUUUUAUUUAUCAUCAAUUCUUUAAAACAAACCUUACGUUGCGUUGAUGUUUUUCUAACCUUAGUCAGCAUGGAUUAAAAAAGUUUCUCGAUUUAACUGAAUAUAUUUUCUUGGAAAAUAGACAGAAUCUUAACGAUGACUUUUAACGAGGUUCGAAAUGUUUUAUCGACAAAUUUUUACAUGGAUAUGAGCUUCCAGACAGAACAGAAAAUAUUAUUAAGAACAUGAUAUAACUCCUGAUAACAAUGGCAUCCAAUGAAGUAUGUGUGGGAGGUGCAGAUGUACUCAGCGAGCAUCCUUUACAGUUUAAGAUGAUGGACAUGUUUGAUUUCGACUUUUUUAAUUUUCUAUGCGAAAAGAAUGAUCAGUACUUUGUUUGUGAAUGGGAUCGACCUAAGGAGUUAUUAAAAAUAAAAGUUGAUACUAAAGAAGAAAAAGAAAUUGCUAUUCGACUUAUUAACACAGUUCGCAACUCCUUUAAAAAAAUGUAUGAACUAAGCGCGGAGAAAAUGAAAAUUGGCAUGGAAUUUUUGCAUGAUUCAGUAACAAUAGAUACUUUUAGUGAUAUAUUCAUUGAUGCAACGACAAACAGUACUGCAGGGAGAUUUGUGAUCAUGGCAUCAAACGAUCACGAUGAAAUGUAUAGAAAAUGUAAGCAUAAAUUUGAAGUUAAAAUAGAUCGGAAACGAAUACGUAGCACAAGAAUGUCGCGGAGACGCAAGAGUUCUCAAAGACCAGUUUUAAAAAGACAAACCUCUGUGCUCCGUAGCAGUGAAAAGAAACAUAUAUUCAUCACCUUUGAAAAAAUCUAUGUGAAAAUUAUUACAGACAAUUUAGAAAAUCUAGAUGGACAUGUUGAUGGAAUAGUAAAUCCGAUAAAUGAUAAGUUAGAAACGAAAGGUCAGGUGUCAAAAUUCUUAACAGACAGAGGUGGCGAUAAGUAUGUGGAAGAACGAGAUCGUAUUUACUCUGAGAAGUCGAAAAGCAUUAGACCUGGAUCUGUAAAGUGUUUUACAACAGGGGCGGGAGAUCUUAAAGCAAAGGGAGUUCUUCAUGUUGUGUGUCCAAAACUACAGUCGGACAAAGAUGCAAACGUUGAAAACAUCGUGUUUAAAACUGUUUACGAAUGUUUGAAAAGAGCAGAAAGUAAAAGAUUAGAGUCAGUAGCAAUUCCAUUCCUGUACACAGGCAAUGGAAAUGUUCCAGUAGAACGUUGUGCCGUACCAUACGCGCUUGCUGUUCUAGAAUUCAGUCGACAAAGAGUUGAUACCUAUGUUGUGGACACAAUCUAUUUCAUAGAUCUGGAUGAGAAUAAAACAUUAGCACUUGCUAAAUAUUUCGACGAGCUAUUACCAAAGACUUUCAAUCAGAUCUUAGAGCUACCAGUAAUGCAUAAUGAUAUAGCAUCGUCAGAUCGACUCAAAGCAGACACGAACAUUUGCCCCCCUAGGGAAUCAGAAAUACAGGUUAUGCCCUCAGAAAAAGAGACAUCUUCAGCAGCUGUAGACACACAGAACGCAGUAAAGGAACCGGCCUUUAAUGGUGACAGUUAUGCAAAUGAUGAUGGGUAUGAAAGAAUUUGUACCAAUCAUGACGAAAGACAAUCAGAAAUGGCAUUUUCAAAUUCUCCUCAGUCAGAAUGUCAAAACAGCGAUCAUUCAAAAUAUUCCGAAGAUAAGGAAACGGUCGAUACGUAUGACACCAUUAAAUUUGCAGAUGAUGAUUCGGUAUCGAAUGAGCAGAAGGAAACUGCAAAAGAUGAAACCGUUGAAUCAGAUAAACUAACUAAACCAACACUCAGUGACGAUGGGUAUGAUACGAUCCAAGAUAUCACGGACAGUAGAAACACGGACAAAGAUGUCCUUAAAACAGGUAAACAAAACACAGUGGAAAACCUAGGACACAGAUUGCAUAUCAUCGAUGAAACGGAUAUGGACACAGCUGUUAAUGCAGAGAAGGAACUUGAUAAAAAUAAAGCUGUUGUUGGAUAUUGUGAGACAGAACACGGACAAGAUAGGAAUCAGUCGGAUAUUAUGGAUAAACCGUCUUCUUUAGUAAACCGUGAUAUUGACCAAGCGUCACUUGAUACCUGGACAAACAUAGAUGGAGGAGAUAUUAUUGAGGAUACCGGGACAAACAUAGAUGGAGAAGAUAUUAUUGAGGAUACCGGGACAAACAUAGAUGGAGGAGAUAUUAUUGAGGUAACAAGGACAAACAUAGACGGAGGAGAGGAUAUUGAGAAUACCGGGACAAACACUGAUGGAGGAGAUAGUAAUGAGGAUACCGGGACAAACAUAGAUGGAGGAGAUGAUUUUGAGAAUAAACUUAGUGAACAGUCUGAAAAAAACUGUUCACAUGAUGCAUCCUUGGGUAAAAUGGAAAACAUCGCUGGAAUCACAAAAGCGAAAAUUAAGCCUGUAAACAAAGGGACGAAUGAGAAGCCUUAUUGUUAUAUCCAGGCUGAAGAGAAUGUGGACAAUGUUUCAUCGGAGCAAGAGAAACAUAUUAUUCCGACACACGACUACUACAAUUUAGGAGAUGAAUCUUUGAAACAUAAAGAAAUGAUAGGGGAACGUUCAGAGGUCAUUAAUCGUUCCAAUAAUUCUGAAGUUGUACACCAAAGAAGCAAGCAUUUUCACCAUAUCUUAACAACGAAUAAACUUUCUGUAGAAAUUUUGAAAGGUGAUAUACGUGAAGCCCAAGCAGACGUCAUAGUUUGCCCCGAAAUAAAAGACACUAAAUAUGGUGGUCUUCUGACAGUCGCAAUAAAAUCUGCUUACAGAAACAAGACCGGAAUAGAAACACCGAAAAAGGUAAAAACCUCCAAAGGAAAACGAAUUGCAACUACGAAUUGCCACCUUGCAACAACAGGUGCGAGUAAGCCAAAUGUUGAGAACGUGAAAUUUUUAUAUCAUGUACAGACACUGGUCUAUAAAACACCAGGAGAUGAAACGAAAUUGGCAAGAUGUAUAGAUCUGGUGAUUCGUAAACUGAAGAAUCACCGAGACAGGCAUGUAGAAAGCAUUGCUUUUCCCUUAUUAGGAAUAGAGGAUGUUAGUGAAAAGGAAUGCGUUCAAAAAUGCUGUGAAAUUCUUGCAAAGGAAGUUUACAAAAGUUGUCGCAAAUACGAAGCUGAUAUUGUUCCACUGAAGGUUAUGCUAAUUAAUCGAUGCGGACAGAUUACUGAGAUGCUGAACAAAGAAAUGAAUCUUCAAGUUGGCGCUCCUGCUGGAUCUAAUUAAGUGGCCGGAAAACUACAAAGUUGAAAAUCUUAUGGGAUAAACCAUUUUCUAAAAACCUCAAACAUUUGAGCUGAUCCAUUUUUGGACUGUGUCGAAUAUGGCUGGAUAAACAUUUUUGUCAUGUUUGAGAUUAAAUUGAAGUCUUUUAAUGAUUAAGAUAUAUUGACUGGUGGAUGAAAUGACUUAUUCAGGUAAUAAGCACUUUAACAUCAAGGUGAUUUGACAAACCAAUUUGGUAGAAUUAUUUUAAUGUUGAUUCAAAAUUUGGUGUGAGGUCAAGCGAUGAUCAAUCGGAUGAUACAAAUUUAGCACAAAUGAUUACAAUCUAGAAAAAAACGUUA